AUGUUUCGCGAUUGGUCAUUGAGCUUUAGGACGAUCCAACUAUCGGGGCUAACAACAAUUUCAUACGCGGUCGACGUCGUCAUCUAUUUAACAAUGUUGAUUUUAUCAGCCACCUUGGGGCGAAUAGUCCCCCCGCGGUACCAAGAGUUUCUGAUCUAUGACAUUUCCAUCCGGUACACCUACUUCCCCAACGUCACCGUCCCCGUGUGGCUCCUCGCCAUCAUAGCAGGCGGAAUCCCAUUUUUGCAGUUCGGGGCAUUUGCCAUCUUCACUCGUGCCUCGUUGCGGCGCCGGUUCUGGGAUUUCUUCGCUGGCAAUCUUUGCUUAUUGGGUGCGCUAGCGACCCAGUUGUGGGCGGUAGUGUUGCUCAAGAACAUAACGGGUCUACCGCGGCCCGACAUGAUGGAUCGAUGCCAGCCGAUUUUCCAGGAGUUGGACAUUACCCAGCUAUCUACGGUAGAGAUAUGUCUACAACCGGAUUGGAAUUUGGUUAUGGAGGGGUUCCGCGCGUUUCCUAGUGGGCACGCGAGCACCGUUUUCUGCGGCAUGGUGAUCACCUCGUUGAAUUUCGCGGCCCAUUUGCAGACUUUUGACCAGAGGAAUAAUUCAUUCAAGGUGUUUUUGACUAUAUCGCCUACAUUGAUAGCGGCCUUUGUAGCGGGCACGAGAGUCAGCGAUAACCGGCACUAUUUAAGAGAUGUGGUAUUUGGUUCAAUGUUGGGGGCCUUUGUGGGCUUUGCUUAUUACCAUCAGUAUUACCCCAGUGUUUUCAACUUGCGGAAUCGCGGCAGAGCGUUCCCGCCCAGAAGAUUUGGAAUCAAUCGGUUCUUGAGGAACGUGGGUGGGUUCUGGACUUUUAGCGAGGGGGAGCAGAUUAACGACUUAAAUUUGGUGGAGGAAAGAAGUUUAAACAAUGACGAUGUUGAAAAACGGCUAGCUUUGAAUUCCAACGGUGAAGCUUGGCGGGUGCGGGAUAUGCAGGAUAACAUCCACUAUGUCAAUAACGUGUUGUCAUCAUAG